UAAACUCUGUUUGUGUUAGAAGUGUGGGAUCAUCAAUGACAGCAAAAUAAAAAGCUUAAUUAAAAAAAAAAAAACUGGUAGAAAAAGAGAAGAGUCCAAGUCGGCAGAGAUGUCUUUCAAAAGGGAGGGUGAUGAUCAAAGUCAACUAAAUAUACUGAAGAAACGUCGUGUUGCAGAUCUUCUAUCUAACUUCAUUCCAGAUGAUGAAGCUGCUUUAUUGAAAAAUGGAAGAUAUACCUGCACUGUGUGUUCUCACCGUCCUGUGUUCGACACUGUUGAUAUGCUCACGGUACACAGGAAGGGAAAGCGGCACCUUGAAGGAAUGAUAUGGUUUUAUGGCAAAAAGAAUAAACUGCAGUGUGAAAUUGAUAAAAGAAGGCAUCAAGACUAUGUCAAAGCAGAAGAUGAUCAUCAGGAACCAUCGAGUUCAGCUCCUCUACUCACCCAAACACGUAAAAUCACCCAUCAUGCCUUACUCAGAACUGCUCCAUACAGUAGCUGUCAUAAGAAGGCCAGUGAACGAUCUGAAUCCUCUGGAUAUGGCCAAGAGGACAUAUAUUGUCAAGUCAACAAGAUCACCUCAGCAUGUAACCAUGAACCUACUAUUAUUAGCACAUCAACUGCUGACACAAAAUCAGCCACCAGCACAACAGUCCAUCAGGACCAGACUGAAGGGAAAGGAGAGACAACAAAAAGGAAAAAAGGAUCCAAAACUGUGAACUCCACUGAAUGUGAGCCUCUAACAGAGCAGAGACGUAGGGAACUGGAAAGCUACCUUAAAUUAAAGAGUUCCGGGUGGUUGCAGGACAGAAGUGGUAAAUGGGUAAAAGAUGAGAAUGUCGAGUUUGACUCCGAUGAAGAAGAACCAGCUCUGUUGCCUCCUUGCGGUGAAUCAUCAUAGCAGAUUCUGCUAAAACAGCUGUCAAGACUGAUGAUGUUCCAUACUAUUCAACCACUGCCAAAUAAGCUACAGGCUACAUUUAAACUGCAUGUAGGAUGACAAGAACGUUUGGAUGGUCGCAGCUCUCAUAUGACAUCUUUACAUUUAGGCCUCUGUGACCCAAUUUAUAUACUAUUUUAGAAAACGUUUACCUCUUGCACAUUGCAGUUUUUAUAAGUAUUGUGUACCUGGGAUCUCAUUUAAAAACAAUUCCACCAAAUUGAGGGGGGUUUCUUUUAGAAAAUGCAAAAAUAAUUUGCAUAAUACUUUGUAAAUAAUGUUUUAACUUCCCCAAAGUAAAAAGGCAUUUGUUGAUUCUUAUGCGGUGUAGUUUUACAAAUCAUUUUGCCUUCAUUGUCAGAAUAUUGUUUGCAUGAUUGAAAAGGUCCAGUUCCAAAUCUAGAACACAAUGUGGAAUGACUGCAUUCUGUGGGUCCUUUGCCAAAAGCAAUUAGAGUGAGCUUGGUGUAGUGUGACUCCACAUACUGCAGUAGACCUGUGAAGUUUAAUCAGCCACGGAAAUGACAAGCACUCACACCCAAAAACAUCUGUUAACUUACAGUAAGUGCUUGCAGUUCUUUUAAGCAAAUUCACCUAAUACACUGUCUAACACCUAACACACUGUCUUUUUUAAAACCGAAGUAACAUCUAGGGGUUAAUUGCUUUAUUUGGAGCUUUGUAACUCAAACCCAUGAGGCUGAGUUUCAUGACUGUGUGGUUUGUGUGUAUAAAUAGGUUGGUGAAAAGUGGGGUAUUGAAUAGUUCCACUUGAGUUGUGCAACUGUGUUUGGGUCAGGUUAAUCACAUAAUCGAAGCUAUUACCGUUUUUCAUAGUUGUAUAUUUAUAUAAUCAAAACUCAGUAAGUUGUUUGUUUUCAUACAGUCAGUCUGUUGACAUCUUUUUGUUCAGAAGAGCUGUCUUAAAGGGAUAGUUCUCCCAAAAAUGAAAAAUCUCUCAUCAU